GUUACAAACGCUUCUCCCUGUUGAAAAGGUAAGGCAAACAAGUUUUUACCAGAGCCCAUGUCAGCGGCGUUAUUUCUCCUUUCUUUGGACAUGCCUAUUUCUUUGGAAUAUCCAAAUAUUCAUGAAGCUGUUGUGGCCUAUUUGGAGCAGCUGAAUUCUGAAAACUACAGUAUUUAUAAACAAACUUCAGAGGCUGUUUAUUCAAUUGAAUGCACCUGUAACUUCCUGUCCGAUAUUGAGAAGGAGGGAGAGAAGGAUCUCUUAGAAUUAGUGGAGCUGGCGGAUCAAUCCUUGUGUAGCUUUUCCUAUCAUCAGCAUUUCCCCCUAAUAAAGGAAAUCAUCAGCGUUUGUUCAAAGAUCUGGAAAUCUGCACAAGCCAGUCCAUUACUACAAGGAGAAAGUCAGAAGGUGCUUCUCCAUAUGUUGUCUCACCCGUUGCCACAAGUGAAAGUUGAAACUUACCACUGCUGUCUGGAAAUCACUAAGGAAUGUUUAGGUGUUCAUAAUGUUACUAAACCUGUGUCUUCACUUUGCAAUGGAAUUCAUUUUCUACUUCAUCCGAAAGUUCUGUAUGAAAUCUCUGUAUUUGGCAUUCAAGAGCCCAAAAGUGAGGUGAACACUGCUGCCAAGGCCAUUCUGUUAUACCUGCUUCAGGGACGAUUGAUGAUGACAGCACUGACCUGGAACAAAUUUAUUGAAUCUCUCUGUCCUGUCAUUCCAGUAUUGCAGGGCUAUGCCGACACAGAAGAUCCUUUGGGUAACUGCAUUCUCCUUCUAAGCAAAGCAAGUUCUGACACAGGAGAAGAGAUCCUUCCCUGCACUACCCGGUUAAAGUCCAUGCUGCGACUUUUGCUAGUGAAAAAGCCAUCGGUCCGUGCACUAGCAUUAAAACUUUUAGCAUUCCAUCUUACCAGUGAAGAAGGGGCUGAUACAAAGCGCCCUCUAAUAGAUGCCAGAGUUCUCUCCAGAGUUACUAAUUUAUUCAUUGUGAAGAAGCCUAUUGAACUCAAACUGGAUGACAGAAGAGAGCUGGUUAUUAAGUUGGAGACUGUUGAAAAAGUAUAUGAAAUCUUCAUCUCAGAUGAUGUUGAUCUUGUUUUGAGAAAGUCAGCUGCUGAACAGUUAGCUGUGAUUAUGCAAGAUAUUAAAAUGCAUGCUGUGGUGAAAAAGUUACACUUAACUGACAAAAUAAUUGAGUAUUUAAAUGAAUGUGUGGGUCAAGAAGGCAAGGUUGUGGAAUGUUUGGUACAGCCAUGCCUGACACUCUUGAGGAAGCUUUUAUGUGGCGAUCCCGUCAUGCGUGUUUCCCUCUCACAACAGUCUUCUGUUUUGACGCUGUUAUUCAGAGUUUCCUUAAUAUUUCAUGAAGAUUGUACUGUUGUGACUGAGGUUGGAGCACUAUUUUGUCUUCUGUUAUUUGAUGAAGUAUCAAGAAUGGAUAUGUGGUCUGUUAAUCCUCCCAGUAAACCUUCUUUGCCAUCAGUCUUCAGUUUGCCUGUUUCAGUUUUUAGAAGGUAUCAUCUACCUGUUCAUGUAAUCGGACACCAUGCUGUGAGUCCUUACUCCAUAGUUUUGCCCUUAUCUGCUGAUUGUUUGGCCUUGAAGCCGGUGUCAGAUAUGCUGAAAAUAGCUUGGAACCUGUCAUGGUAUCAUGGGAGUGAUAAUCUGUUGAAGCAAAUGAACUCUGAAACUAAAACACAAGAAUUUUUGGAUACAAUGAAGUUAUCCGCAGAGGACAUCCUCACUCUGAAGAUAACACACGUGGCUAGUGGGCUGCAGGACUGCCUCCAUUCCAUUGCUGAGGCUGCAACCCACAGAGAAGUUAGGGCCGCUGUCACUAGGAUGAGUUUUUAUCUUCUGAAUGACAGAUUGUCUUUAAAGGGUGGCCCUGGUUCGUGUGGGGCUACCUUGAAGUCCUUGGCUUGGCACACCGCACUGAACAGGUUUUUACAAGUGCUUCCUGCUUCCACUGAAGAUGAGAAACUGCUAAUAGAUAUCAUACAUUUUUUAAAUAAAUUAAUAAAAGAACAAAGAAAAAAUUAUUCACUGGAACUUCUGAACUGGAUUCUAGAAUUACUUCUUAGACAUAGUGCAAACCCACUGUUAGACCUCUUGGUUCUGACAGAGUCACAGGCACGAGAAGAGACAGAUGAUAUCCGGACUGCUGUCAGGCAACAACUUCAGAAAGAACUGAUUGCUCUUUUUGAUACCUUGCUGCUCAAUUUCAUGGACGUUAAUGACAGGAAAUGCUUGGAACUUCUUUACGUUUUUCAAACACAGCUGGCUCUGAAACUGCUCCAGUGUCUGAAAGUGACGGAUGCACCGCAUUUCUAUGGCCUGCCAUCCCUUGAGCGGACCUUACGAGGGAUGGCUAACCUCACUGCGUUUCCUGGAUGGAGCUCACAUUCUCCUCUCACAAAGCCUCUCGAUAUAUGUGUGAAGUACUUGUCAGGUCUCCUUGAGGUCAUUACUUCCUUUUAUGUGGAGCGUGGAGGAAAUGCUAUGUCCUUCAUGGGAAAAGGUGUUACAAAGAGCACAAUUCUUUGCUUGCUUCACUUAUCCCAUGAGAUGAUGGCCCAGGCUGGGAGCUUGGAGUGGAUGUCACUUUGGUUCUUGCCUUUGGGUAGUCAUAGUGAAGAACACAUUCCUACUCAACAGGGAUUGGCUUGGUUGAUUCCAUUAUGGGUUGAUCGGGACCCAGAGGUGAGAUUCACUUCACUGGGAUUAGGAUCAGCACUGACCACCCUUGAAACUGGCUGUGUGGCCUUGGCAAACAGUUGUCAGAACAUUUCUGGGGGGCUCUGGGGAACUGUGGUGAACAUUCUUCUGGACCAGUCCGAAUGUAGUAUGGUGCGCCGGGAGGCUGCAUUUAUUUUUCAGAAUCUCCUUGUAAUUCCAAUGCCUACAGAAAUUAUAAAGGAUCAUACUUGGCAGGGGCCCUGUGUCCAUGAUGAGGACUCUGGCCUAUCACUCAUUGGAAAACCUGCCCUUCAGGCUCUUUUAUAUCAUUGCCAUUUUUAUGAACAUUUGAAUCAGAUGGUAAAACAUUGUUACCUAGGGCGGUGUGUGUUUGAUUUGAAUUUUUCUGCUUUUGAUAGAAAUUCAGAAGGCAAUGAUUUAAAUGGUUUAGAUGACUCAUUCAAGUUUUGGAGGCCUCCAUCUAGGAUAUCCAGUGAGGAUCAAGAUCCGAAUUCUCUCUCCACCUCAGAAACAACGGUGGCACCUUCAUCGGAGAGUGCUGAAUUUCAGCCACUUGUGCAGUCAACGACACUUCUACCUGAAGCCUCCCAUGACCAGUUUGUGGCUCAAGGUCACCAGGAAAGUACAUCACCACGGCCACCUCAUGAUUCAUCUCUUUCUGCUCCCCUGCCCAAACUGUGUGUUUUUGUUACUCCAUCUCUUCUUUCAGCAAUGUGCAGCCUCUUGGACAACCUCUUGAUGAUUGCUCCCAGAGACACUGCCAAGGCUGUUCGACAAGCUCAUCUCAUCGAACUUCUCUGUAGCAUUGCAGAUGCUACCCUCAUACAGAUAUGUGUCCAGGAACUCAGGACCCUGCUGCCUUCAUCACCUCCAGCUGAACAUACUCAGGCUCAGGUUUCCUUUCUCCUGGAAUACCUAUCCUCUUUGUCCAGGCUUCUGCAGUCAUGUUUGUUGGUAGAGCCUGACCUUGUGAUUCAGGAAAAGCUUAUGAAACCUCUUAUCACUAAUAUCAUUGGAAUUCUCACCAUAUGCACCAAAGAUGUAUUAGAUACAGAGUUAAUAUCAGCUUUUUAUCUCACAUGGACACAUUUAUUUAAUCUUCUGGCCACGCUCCUGAGGAAGACUGGUGCCAUCACACUCCCAUCUAUUACUGUGGCCCUGGCCAAGCACUGGACAGCAAUGAUUGAUAUGUUCUGCAAAUGUGUGAGCUUGUCCGCCACGUGUCCUGCCCUGUAUACUGCCAGCUUGCAAUUCCUUUCUGUUCUCUUGACUGAAGAAGCAAAAGAGCAUCUCCAGGAUAAGAGCAAAACAAGUUUAUGCCGUAGUCCAGCAAUGGCUUCACUUCUUGAUAAGUCUCAGGAAAAUCAGAACUCUCAACGACUUAGUGAUGUAAUUCUUCAGUGCUAUGAAGAAAAAUCCUCCAAAGAUAUCCUGAAAAGAGUAGCUGCAAAUGCACUGAUGUCACUUCUGGCUGUCAGUAGAAGAGCGCAGAAACGUGCUUUGGAAGCCAAUCUCAUAGACAACUGCAUGGAGCAGAUGAAACACAUAAACGCACAACUGAAUCUAGAUUCUCUGAGGCCUGGGAAAGCAGCAUUGAAAAAAAAGGAGGAUGGUGUUAUUAAAGAGUUAAGCAUUGCCAUGCAGCUCCUAAGAAACUGUCUUUAUCAAAAUGAAGAAUGUAAAGAAGCAGCUCUUGAAGCUCACCUUGUCCCUGUCUUGCACUCUCUCUGGCCUUGGAUUUUGAUGGAUGAUUCAUUGAUGCAAAUUUCUCUGCAGCUCCUUUGCGUCUAUACUGCAAAUUUUCCAAAUGGUUGCAGUUCUCUUUGUUGGUCAAGUUGUGGACAGCACCCUGUUCAAGCUGCACACAGAGGAGCCCUGGGCAACUCUCUGAUGCUGUGUGUCCUAAAGUUGGCUUCCCAGAUGCCACUGGAGAACACCACAGUUCAGCAGAUGGUUUUUAUGCUUCUUUCCAACCUGGCCUUGUCUCAUGACUGUAAAGGAGUAAUUCAGAAGAGUAACUUCUUACAGAACUUCCUCUCUCUAGCAUUGCCAAAAGGCGGAAAUAAACAUCUCAGUAAUCUGACUAUUCUUUGGUUGAAGUUACUCCUGAAUAUAUCAUUUGGAGAAGAUGGGCAACAAAUGAUUCUGAGGCUUCCUGGCUGCCUGGACUUACUAACAGAGAUGAGCAAAUACAAGCAUAGGAGCAGCCCUUUAUUGCCUCUUCUUAUCUUUCAUAAUAUUUGCUUCAGUCCUGCUAAUAAACCCAAGAUCCUGGCUAAUGAAAAAGUCAUUACUGUGCUAGCUGGCUGUCUGGAAAGUGAGAAUCAAAAUGCUCAGAGGAUUGGAGCAGCUGCGCUUUGGGCUCUGAUUUACAAUUAUCAGAAGGCAAAAGCAGCUUUGAAAAGUCCAUCAGUAAAAAGAAGAGUGGAUGAAGCAUAUUCCUUAGCAAAGAAAACUUUCCCAAAUUUAGAAGAAAACCCUCUAAAUGCCUAUUAUUUGAAAUGUCUUGAAAACCUCGUGCAGCUUCUUAACUCUUCCUGAGUGCUGAGAUGCUACACCUUGAAACUGACAGCCACCAACGAGGGAGCUACAGUUGAAGCCAGCUGUGUGUAGCAGCUGUUACCUGAAGACAUGCUACCUCUCUACCAAGUGUCGAUCCUCCUCUUUCCCAUGAGAGACAGAACUGGUGAUACUCCAGCACUAGCCAGUCAUGGCAUCUCUCCAGAAGUACUAGCAGCUGACAACUUCCUAUGCCUUUUCCUUUCUGUCGAAAAGGCAUAGAAAACUCUGGGAACGUAAACAUUUUUACCCUUUUCUAUGCCGUUUAUUUUGUAAAAAUCCUAUUUAACAGUUAUUUAAUAAAACAAUAUUUUUAGAAACU